GCAAAUGUCAAAAACAGCUGAUAAAAUUCAACUUGACAUUCCAAAAAAAAUCAUGCAAAUAUACAACAAAAAAAUAGUAAAACCAACAAAAAGCAACAAAAAUAAUGAAGAAUAGUUUUUGGAGAAGUUAAAGAUAGCCUGGACUGUUGCCUUUCAAAGAGUGUGCAAGUUGCUCCAGGAACAAAUUAUGUCAAACUUCGUUAAACAGGCGGGCAGUGAAAAGAUGUCGCAUCCAGUUUCUCGUCUUUCAAGCCGUGUGGUAACCAUUUCCACUGCUGAAGUGUUCGAAAUCAUCACAGAGCAAGAAAGUUCACCCACUUCGUCUUCAGUAAAGAUUAAUGCUACUGACAUUAAUGAUACUGAUACUAAGCCCGAUGAAGAAAAAGAAAAUGCAGCUCCAGUUAUUAUAUGCCCUUGUAAAGCAAUAAAAGAUGCAGAAGAAGAGAAGAAGAAUGAGGAAGAAAUAGAGAGACUUUUGAAAGAGAAGGAAAUAGAAAUGGAGGACAAGUUCCAAGACCGAUUGGCCCAUGAGAUGCAGUUCUUGAAAGACAGAUUCGAAUUUAUAUUGCAAAAUGAACAAAUCCGCGCCUCCCACAUGCUCCGAGAGGCACGUAGAGAAAGAGAGGAGAAGAUAUCGGCGUUGCAGACACAACUAGCGUGCAAGAACAUGGCGGGGCUGAUGUACGUGCUAUGUGCCGAGAGACGCAAAAAAAGGAUGGAGAUAUUGCGUUUAACUGAAGAAUACACAAACUACAUCCAAGCGCUGCAGCAGAUUCUGACAGAGAGCCAGACCCUGAUCCUGAACCUCUCGCGAGGGUACAAGACGGCAGCCAGGGUAGACCACGAGUGGCGGGAGAAGAUGAAGAAGAUUAUUAAGCAUUUCCAAAAUUUCGUGAACAAUUUCACCGGUUGCCCACCUGAAGCGAACCAGUACCUGUUGAAUGUACCCGAACUGCUGAAAAUCCAGGCUCCCAUCGCGGACAACCCGUGCGAAGACCCUUGUGAACCCGAAGAGGAAGAAUCUACAGAAAAUGCAGAAAAGGAGGAAGCUGACAGAACAUGGUGGAACACUCUAGAAGGCGAGGACCGCCCGUUCGUGAUGUUUGGUGACAUGGCCGACUUUAAGCCGCCCCAGAGGCGUCAGGUGCUCAAAGCUGUUAAAGCCGCGAAAACCGCGCCCAAGAAGUGGAAGGAGUAUGUCUUCCACGAUAUGUUCUUGAAAACGAACUGUCCAAACACCGACGUUAUAAAAGAGGAGUACUUUAAGCGUGUACCACUGCAACCGAUGUCGCCUGGAGAGAGGUGGGAGAUGAUCGCACAAACAGACAAACAUACAACAGAUGUUCUAGGGUCGGAUACGAGCCGACGAAUUACUACAGCCUCCGUGGAUAUCCGAGGGCACAUGGGCUCUAUUUUAAAAAUAAUCACAUCGAACAUUCCACCACCGCCGGCUCAGAGGUCCGCACUUCUGGGAGCGAGGGAUUCUAUGGAGAUCGCAUCUUCAACUCGACUGCUUGAAAAACAAAAACACAAGAAGACUGAACAUGGAAAAGUCGUAAUUAAUAUUGGAAAUAAAAUUAGUUCGAUAUUCAGUGAAAUGUGCGAGGAAGAACAAGAGGAAGAAGAGCAACCUCAGAUCGAGCCUAGAAUCACCGGAUUAAAAGACGAAGAGGAUACAGAAGACGAAUCAGUAUCUGCUCUUGGGAGCAUACACAAGGACAGCUUGCAAAUGAUCAACCGACAUGUCCCAGAUUUGGACCAUAAGAUCCAUUACGAGAAGAUCUGCCCAAUGGAGGAAUGCCAGAAGAGGCAAAUGGACGACUUCAUGCGCAGUUUACCGUCAUACAUGCACGCCAGCCCUUUUAUGCACUUCGAGCAAACUUACAAAGAUUAUGAGGCUUGCACCCCAGAACAACUAGAAAUCCUGAAACAAAGGAUAGAAGAGAAAAAGAAGAAGGAACGUGUGGUGAUCGAUGUAAUGGAGGAUGACCCUCUGGUAUCAUGGACCCCCAGUGAGAAAGGCAUAGGGGUUCAGACCUCCUAUAAUGACAUGUAUCUGCCACCUUGCACCUGUGGAAUUGAGGGGUCAGACACUUCUGAAACGAAUCAAAGGGUCUAUAAUAUGGUGGACUUAAUUCCAAUCAAGCAAGAGCUGGAGAGGAUAAACGCAGAGUGCUUCUUUAACGAUGACAUAGAAUUCAAUCGGUUCAAAGUUAUUGGACAUGGAGACGAUGAGUAUGACACCACGAAAACAAAUGAUAAAGAUAAUUUCAACACGAACAGACUACAAGAGAUCAAGAAGAUACUGAAGCAGCAUCCGAGCUUGUGUGAACUAUUUCAAGCCAAUAUUCGUUGUUGAUACAAAUAUUCAAAAAAAUAUUUAAUUUGGAAAAAUCCUGAUAAAGAUAAAAAUCUUUGUGAUUAUUUAAUGAAUCAAAAGUAAACGACAUUUGAGGAUUCGUCAGGAGAUGAACAUUGAAUCGAAAAACGAUAUUAUGGACAAAUAAAGAGGCACUAUCUAUUUUUAACCGACUUAAAAAAAGGGAGGAGGUUCUCA